UGGAGCCGCGGGGCGUGGGGCGCGAUGUCUGGUUUUGGGCGGGAAUUGAAACCGCCAGCGCUGCUCUCCUGCGCCCGAACGCUACAGCUCUAGGGUGAGGAAGGGCACCAUGGUGCGCCCUAGCAGAAAUAAAAAACCAGUCAAUUACUCACAGUUUGAGGACUCUGGUGGUGAUUCUGAUGAUGAUUUUAUUGCGGCAACCAUGCCUAGAAACAAAAAGUCCAAAACUUUGCCAAAGGAGUUAAAGCAAGACAAACCAAAACCUAACUUGAAAACUCCUCAGAAAGAAGACAUCCCACCAGCGAAAGCCCCUAAAAAAAGGAUGGCUUUAGAUGACAAGGUCUUCCAGCGAGGCCUAGAAGUUGCCCUAGCUUUAUCUGUGAAGGAACUUCCAACAGUCACCAACCAAGUGCAGAACUCUCAAGAAAAAUGCACUGACAAGCAAGGUGAUAGGAAAACAGAAAUGACGGAUAAGUCUCCUACCGUCUCUAACUGCAGUGUAACCAGUGAUAAUUCAGAAGAUUUGGACAAAAUCAUGGAGGAGGGGGACGCUGGCAGUGUUGAAAGGGAAAGGAAAACAUCUAAAGCUGAGGCUCAGCGGAGGAGGAGGGUGCCUUUGGAAAGCAGCAGUGCUGAUGACACUGGGUCCGACAGUGCAACAGGUGAAGAUUCAGAAAAUGAUUCUAAUUUUGAGGAGAGUGAAGGAAGUGAUGAGGACUUUGCAGUGAGGAAGGGUAAAGCUAGAGAAAAGAAGAAAACAGUGCAGAGAAAACCCGCGGUAGAGAAAGAAAAGAAGUCAAAACAAAAUAAGGAGGCCUCAGUAGGUGUGGCUCCAGCUGCCAUCAAGUCACGAUCUCCAUCCUUACCCGAGGCAGUUGGACUUUCUUCAGAGGCCAUUAGGAAACCAGCAAAGAUGUGCAGCCCUUCAGCUGAAGGCAAGAGACCCAAGUGGGUCCCACCAGCCGCCUCUGGAAGCAGAAACUCCAUCAGCAGCCCGCUGGCAGGAGCACCCACCAAGUCCCCAAGUCAGAGCCUCCGCUUGGGCCUCUCCAGACUAGCACCAGUUAAGUGUUUGCACCCAAAUGCCACAAGUAGCCAAGUGCGGUAGCAGGAAAGAACCCGUGGGACCCUCAGUCCUGCAAGCCGGUUGUUGUAUAUUCAACUUGCACAUGGAAGAGCCUGUUUUGUGAUUCUUUUUUUUUUCCUUUUAAAGUAUUUUUAAGAAAAAAAGCAAGGCCUUGGAAGUUUUGGUUUUUUUCCUCCCCUGUUGCAAAUUCAUGUUGUGGUUUUGGUGGAUUGAUGAAGAGCACAUGUCAUCUGUGGGUGGCACUGCCCGCUGUGGGCAGGCAGGGCCUGCUCCUCUACUGGAAGGUGACCAUGUUUAAAUUCUGAGACAGGAAGUGGAGGGUGAAUAGGUCGCGGUGGCCUUAGUUUAGCUUUUCCUUUGUCCAGCCAUCCUCGUCAGUCUUCUGCUUCUUGGUGUCAACAUCAUCAUCAUCCUCAUCUUCAGCUACCCGCUUGCCCAUAGGAUCCUCAGCUUCCUCAUCUUCAUCUCCAUCCUUUUCCACACCAUCACCUUCUUUCUCCUCCUCCUCUUCCUCCCCACCUUCUUCCUCUUCUUCAUCUACCUCAUUGUCAGCCUCCUGCUCCCCAUUUUCCUCAUUAACAUUACCAUCAGCAGGUGUAUCUCUUCCAUUCUCUGCCUCCUCCACAACUUCCUUCUUCUCCUUCAAGUCCUUGGUGGUGAUCUCGGAUCUGGUGUCCAUGGCCGUGUCUGACAUGGUUGGGCACACCGGUGAUCUGCUGCAGCUAGGGCGGGAGGAAUCGAGUUUGAGGACUCUGGCAAGAAAGCUGCCGGAAUCCACUGUGGUGGUGGUGGUGGUGGUGGUGGAGGAGGAGGAGGAGGAGGAGGAGGGCAAGCGGGUGGUGAAGGCGGCUGCAGCAAGCACCGGGAACAAUGCCCUGUUUUGUGAUUCUGGUCCCAAAGCUUUUCUGUCUUUUAGCAAAGGGUUCUUGGGGCUCUCCUCAAGCCACUCCUGGCACAUCUGUAGUUACAUGGUAUGUCUCCCAGCUCUGUCUGGUGUACAGCGCCCUAACUGAACUGUUCAGAGUGUCUGGCAAGUGGGCAUCUGGGCUCCUUCAGGAGGGAUUUCUGAAAUUUUUCUUACCUCCAUGUUUCUUUAAGUUGUUACUAGCUUGCUGUUUAUCCAGGUCUUCCUUUGUAAGAAUUCCUCUUGUGUACAUAUUAAAAUGAUGACUAUACUGUAGCAUAUGUCUCCUAUAUGGGAACAGAUGGUUAUCUACAGCAGAUAGAAUUUAAAAAUACUUUAUGAACUUUUCAUUGUCAAAAUUUAAAUAAAAGUGAAAAUGUUAAAAGUGUGUUCUUUGAUACUAUGUAUCCAUCUGUCUAUGUUUUGGUAAAAUGAGUAUUCCAUGGUCAGUGUAAGCCAGGGGAUGCAGUGUCUUCAUCACUGCAGAUUAGCCAGAGCUCGGAAGACUGGCUGUCAAUUUGUCACCCCUGUAUUAGCUAAUGCAGCUUUUCAGGAAGCUGAGAUUCAUUGUCGAUAGAAGUAAUUGUUUUAAUGGUGAGAAUAACAACUUGUUCCUGAUUGCUUUUUAGUAAAAUAUGUAAUGUUUACCAUAGAAUGUUAAAUGCCUUACCUAGUUCUCAGCUAUGAGACAUCUGCGUUGCCAUGAGCAGAAGCGGUUUUGAAUUGUGAUUAAAGUGAGCGUUUGCCUAUU